GAAGUAAUAAGAUGACAAGCAUUCGACACUAGACUGUUACAAAAAUGGCGCUUGCUGAAGUUUGUGGUCUAAAUUCUUUUGUUGAUUUCAAUGUCUCGCGUAACGAAGAUAAUUAUACACAAGAAAUUCAGGCAUAUAGCAGGAAUUUUAUAAACAAUGCACAAUUAGCAGUACCACCAUAUAUGAAUCCAGCAGCAAAAUUGUCACAACUCGCAGAAGGGACUGAUGAAGCAGGAAAACACUUGAAGAUCAAGUUUGAUCAUGGAACAACCACAUUGGGUUUUCAGUAUAAAGGUGGAAUUGUCCUUGCUGUUGACUCACGAGCAACAGGGGGUCAAUUUAUUGGUUCAUCUACUAUGAAGAAAAUUGUUGAAAUCAAUGAUUAUCUCCUUGGAACUUUAGCUGGCGGUGCUGCAGAUUGUGUUUACUGGGAUAGAGUUCUAGCAAAACAAUGUCGUACAUAUGAACUAAGGAAUAGGGAACGUAUUUCUAUUGCAGCUGCUAGCAAGCUUUUGUCAAAUAUGAUAUAUAAUUAUAAAGGAAUGGGAUUAAGUAUAGGUAUGAUGCUUGCUGGAUGGGACAAAAGAGGACCUAGUUUAUACUAUGUUGAUUCAGAAGGUGCCCGUACACCAGGAAAAGUUUUCAGUGUAGGAUCAGGCUCAAUUUAUGCAUUUGGUGCAUUAGAUUCUGGCUAUCGCUGGGAUUUAACUGAUGAAGAGGCUUAUGAACUUGGCAGAAGAUCAAUUUAUCAUGCUACUCAUAGAGACGCUUACUCUGGUGGUAUUGUAAGAGUGUAUCACAUGAAGCCGACUGGCUGGGUACAUAUUUCUGAUGAAGAUUGUAAAGACCUUCACUAUAUGUAUCAAGAUCAGAAACAGAAAGGACUUAAUUAGUAACAUUUACAGUUUAUUUUAUAUCCUGUGAAACGUUUCCUUUAAUAAAAUUUACUUUGAAAUGUAAAA